GGAACGCUUAAUACUCUGUACAAUUGUAGACCUGUACUGACAAUAAUUUGCUUUCUGUGGUUUUACUGUGUGUCUGUGUCAGCCGUGAAAUCCACAGGUAACGGUUCCACUUCCUCUUUUGUUUGUUCACCUCUCGCUGGUAACACAUUUUAUUUCCGUCCAUCAUUAGACGUUUGCGACUCAACAAUAAUUUAUCUUAUUAUAUAAUCCACUUACGUUGUACGAACACGGAUAAUUAAAUAAUUUCGAUUCAUUUUUAUACUUACUCAAAGUUAUCGUGAGCGACGCUCGUCAGUCCGAUUAUUUUAUAUCAUCAGUUUACCUAAAGACUAAAAAAAUCGACGUCAUGGAAUUCCAAUACGAUCUAAGCCAGAUUGCCCAGGAUCAGAUCAUCAAAAUCGACAAUACACUAUUGCCAGUCGGCUACCAAAAAGAGGACCCAGAAUUACAAAUGAUUAUUUCUAAGAUUUUGGAUAAAAUGGGAGAAGCUUCAGGAAUUGCUCAAGAGUUAAAAUCUCCAAUUACUUCAGCUGAAAAACUCAUGCGUUCAGAUCAUAUUCUAUAUUUAAUGACAGAACAAACUUCACCAGGACAUUUUGUUGUGGUUGGUUUGCUAAAAAUGGGAUGGAAGAAGUUAUAUUUAUUUAAUAAAAAAGGUUCAAGAACUGAAGCAAUGGUCUACUGUUUACUUGAUUUUUAUAUUCAUGAAACUAGACAACGUCAUGGUUAUGGAAUAAAACUUAUGGAUUACAUGUUAAAAGAUAAUCAAAUUCAAGCAAGUCAAUUAGCUGUUGAUCAACCUACAAAUAAACUUUUACAAUUCUUAUGGAAGUAUUUCAACUUAUCUAAAUUAGUUAAUCAAGGAAACAAUUUUGUAAUUUUCGAAGAAUUUUUUGAAACCUCAUCUGAUAAGGAAUCUGGUAGUGAUCGCUCAAGUGGAUAUAAAAGUCAACCAACAUUUGGACGUCAUGGUGCAGCUAGACAACAAGAUUGCAUGGCUAAUAUACUAUAUGGAGCAAAACCAUCAGAAACUCAAAAUGGAAAUUCAAAUGGAAAUGUAGAUAGAGUUGAAUAUCAACAACGAGAUAAUAAACAGCAUAAAGAAGAACAUCAUGUUGAAGUGCAACAUCAUGUUGUAGAUGAAGGAGAUGGACAUAAAUCAAAUCAAUCUAACCACACUCAACCAAAAUUAGAUCUCAAGAAUUUUCACACUCAAUUAUGGUAAUCUGUUAAACUUCACCUUUUCUAACAGGUGGCAGCUUAUUAUUUGUUACAUAUUUAUUACUGUAUUCUAUUAACUCUUGUUAAUUUAUACUAAUCCUAAAUAUGACUGCAAUUAUAAACUAGAAUUAAAUAAGAAAAAAAUUAUAAAAUACAAUUGCACUAAUUCAUUAUAAAGUACUAAUUUGAUAUGCAUAACAUUUGAUUCUGCCUACUUUAAAAAAUAAUGUUUGAUAUAUAAAUAAUGACAUAAAUAUUUUUAUGUUAUUUUUUAAGCUUUUAGUUGGUUGUUACUUGUUAGUCAAUAAGACUAAUCAGUAAUUAAUUUAUAUAUUUUUAAUUUUUUUAACCAUUUAUUGUUUAACUUUUUAACACACAUUAUAUAUGUAAUAAUAACACUUUAAAAAUGUUGAGUGAUUUUUUGUUGUGAAAAACUAAUUGAUGAUUUGUAUACUUUUAUGUUGACUGUCUUUUAUGUCGUUACUUGAUGUAAGGUCAUUAUAUGAAAAAUUUAUUUCACUAUUAAAGGCUGAAAAUGUAUUUUCUAUAGAAUAAUAGUAAUGUUUUUGUAUGUUGAAUAAUGAAUUAAAACUGACAGAAUUUAUUUUAAAAAUGAACUAUUAAUCAUAAUUCUGAUACUAUUAAUAUUGUUAAAAGAUUUCCUUUUGGCAAUAAUACAAUUAUAGAAUGUAUUGUAUUGUAUUUUCUAUAAUAAUGUUCCUAGACAAUGUUUUUUUUUUUUUACAACAAUCAUAUCGACCAAUUUGUUUGUAUUGAUGUUCUAAUAAAUAGUUACUAAAUUAUUAUUAAGACGUUGACCUUAUUAAUUUCUCAUGUAUUAAAUAAAUUAUGAUUUAUUAUUUAUGCAUUGGAAUAUAAUACAUUAAAAUUUAUAAUUUCUAUUUAAUAUAUUAUAUUUUUUCUAAUAAAAACUGUAUUUUAUUC